AUGGAGUCAUUGGUUUGCAAAUCCGAACUUGUUCCCAACCUUGUAACCACCACCUACUAUCGCUCCCCAAGUCUGCGCAUACACCUGCUCACCGAUGUUGACCACAUCGUCUGGCCUUACCCUCUCGCCACACUCUCAGAGGCCGUGUCUGUUCUCAUCCAUGGUACACGCUGCGGGAACCUUACUGCUGGUCAAACCGACCUUGUCGUCAGUGUUGGCACCAUCUACCUUCUCGCUCAUGCCAUCGCCCAAUCUCCGUCAUCGUUGCCAUCGACAUCAACCAACCACCACUCGACUUUGCGAAAGACAACAGCUUGCCUCCCAGGUCUUCUCCCUCCCUAUGGCCGAUCAAGCCGUGACUUUGGGCGAACAACUUUGUCGCACAAAGGAGACCGUAGAACACCCUUCCAAGUUCGCAGGUUCCAACCGCUCCACCCUUAUGACGUGCGGGGCGGGAUUGGAGCAUUUGGAGCAACUACCGAAAUGAUAAAGGCGCAAAGUGAAAUUUCAGAUGUGGUCUACGAUUAUGCAGUUAGCUGUAAUCCCACAGUAUUGAAGUGGCUACUCACUCUAAGUCUUCGGAUUGUCGUAUUUUCCGUCAUCGUGCUAGAAUUUCAGGUUUAUGACUUAAAGAUUUCAAUGUUGUCAAUUCUAGGUGUUCAAACUGUCGUAUUUGAGGAAACAUAUACAUAUUGUAUCUUGUUAAAAUGCCUUGACCUGUUUGCCCUGAAUUGGUCAGCACCCAUAAGCCAACCAUAA